CUAGGGGCGGUUUAUAUGUCUCCUGGGUCACUGCGCUCCCCGAGGAAAUCAGGUCAAACCGCCGCCGUGGCCCGCGAGACCCCUCCUCCCACCCUGAACGAUCUUGGGUCAUUUCUGGCAAGUUCUCUCUGGUCAAGGCCCGGCCAUCGCCUCCUGCCUGCCCAUUACAAAAGUGACCGCCCUUUCCCGCCCCUCCCCGGGGGAGUGGCUGCCUCAGUUUCUCCACACACAACCUCGGAUGCAGGAGGGAGUCCAGGGGCCCUGGAGCCGAGAUCUAGGCAAGUUGAAGGUGGCGCGCUGACCAGGGUGCCAUGGCUCGUGCCCUCCGCUCCCAACCCCCUCCGAAGGUGGACGGCCCCAAAGCUCCAAGGCGCGCAACGGCCCCUCGCCGGCAGCGUCGUCGAGUACACCACCAUCACCGGCUCCACCACCUACUCCACCAGCACCAGCACCACCACCCGACGCCCACAGCGGGCCGGCCCCACGGAGCGCAGCCGAGCUCAGCGGAGCCCCACCGCCCGGGAGCACCACGGAGCACCACCGGGCCAGCAAGAAGUGCCCCCCCCACGUAGGCUGGGGAGAACUCCACCUGUCCCCGCCCCCGAUCCCGACGCCCCGCCGGCGCCGCCGCCGCAGCCCGCACAGCCCCCACAGCCCCCGGACCCUGUCGAGACGCCGCCGCCCGCCACCGUCGCUGCCGCAGUCGCUGACGUCGUCGCUGCCACCGUCGCUGCCUCCGCGGCCCCGGCAGCACUCGCAGUCCACCCGGCGGCGGCGCACCUCGCAGGGCCCCCGGAGGCGGUGCUCGACGUCCCCGCAGGGCAAGAAGCUGCACUCCCGGCGCAGACUUUCGGAGUCUCCGUACUCCCGGGGCCCCCGGCGGAAGGGCUCGCCCCGCCGCCGCCCCUGCCGCUGCUCCUCGGGGGUGGGCUCCCGGCUGCGGGCGCCGUCCGCGCCGCCCAAGGCCAGGAGGGGCUCCCCCACCCCCCGACGCCGCUCCCCGCGCCCCAGCAAACCGCGCUCGCCAUCCCCGCGGCCGCGGGCCCGGCGCCGUCGAGGAGCUUCGCUGGCCGCGAGCCUAAGGCGCUCGCCCACACCCAGCACGAGGCCCCUGCUCAGCCUGGCCAGGGCUUUGGACACCAAGAAGACCACACCAUUCAGAAAAACCAUAGAACUUUCUGGAAGCUCCACCAGCUCCACCAAAAGUCUAUAAUCUUCAUUCGUGACCGAAAUGCUCAUGGUCAGGAGCUGUCUGGCUACAUUGACUAUGCCCACAGGCUUAAGAUGGAAGAUUUCGAAGUCUACUUCACUGGGAAUAGAAAACUGCUUCCAAGGCCCACAGAUUUGAGCUUUCUUCGGGUCUUGGAUCAAAUGCCCCCUUCUUUUGGAAGUCUGUGUUGAUGCCUCUACGUUCGAAUUUUUUUUUCAUCAAAUUACAUUCCAUUGAUCUGUGGAUAUAAUGUGUAUAUACCUCCUCCUCCUCUCUGCCACUA